AUUUGUUGAUUGUGAAGUAGGCGAAAUGGAAGCUCUAUGGACUCGAGAAAACAUACUUUCAUUGCAAAAUUUACUUAAGGAUCACGAAGCAGAAGAGAACAGUGAUCAGGAUGACGUAACAACUCCAAUGUCUAAACUAAAACCAGGUGAUAUUGGUCCCAAGUGUCAAUCUGAAGCGAAGAAAGAAAAACCUAAGGUAAAACAAAAGAAUCCUGAUGAUAUAUGGGAUAUUGAUGAAAUACCAGAAGGUACACAGCAUGAAGAUAUAUAUGAUCCGCGCCCCCAGCCCAAAUAUGAAAUAGUAUAUCGGCAAGCAGUAACGGCAGAAGAUGUCUAUUUACAACUUGGAAGAAAAAAUCCAACAACAGCUUGCUGUGAAUACAUGGUUGUCAAAGUGAUACUUCCUGAUACACGAUUAUCUGAUAUUAAUCUAGAUGUCAAAGAAACAUUUCUUGAUCUAAGAGCACCUAAGUAUAAACUUGGAUUGUAUUUACCAAAUCCAGUUGAACCAGAUUCAAGUAAAGCAGCUUGGAAUGAAGACAAAGAAAUGCUUGAAAUAACAUUGAGAAAUAAAAGAGAGUACGAUUUUCUAAAUGAAUAAAUAAACACGAUUAUCAAUUCGUAUACCCACUUGCAUCAUUCAAUCAACGUAUUGUAAAAGAAGUUUGUAGUUAUUUUAUGGUAAAUAUUUUAAAUCUUUAAAAAAAGCUACAACUUACUGGAAUGGAAC